UUCUAUUCUUUUUUUUUUUUUUUUUUGGGAUUGAUAGAGAUCCGUUUCAACAUGAUUGAGAUUAAACCGGUCGGAUAGAAGCAGGUGAGAGGUUAAUAACUAUCCCUGCAUGUAGGACGAAUUUGCUUAACGUUCGGCCGGCAAGGGCUCGAAACGUUACGUUUCGACGCGGAGCGAAAACGCAACGGUCUGGAUUUGUGACUUUCAACGACCAGGAUUUCCUUUGACGAAUCCAUCACAAGUGGCUGCAUCAGCUGCAUCACCAUCCAUCUAACUGUCCCAAAUUUUCGAAGGGCAGGAGAAGAGGACCAACGCUGAGGAAGAGAAAAUCAGAAUCUGUUGACUGUUGCAACACCGGGGGCUGGAGCCGAAGAAUCUAUUUCUGUGUGCAGUCAUAAUCUCAAUAAAUUUUCACUCUUUUCAAAAUCGACGUGCUAAACUCAUUCUUAAUGCGCUAUUAACUCCAUCGGCAUGCCCUUUUCUCGCAUUGGUUGAUAUCUAAUCUCUAAUAUUUGCUUUGUUUUUCAAUCAUCGUUGUUGAGCUACAGAGCCUGCACGCUGAGUUUGCACUCAUCAGAAGCAUGGAGGUUGACUGAGGCAAAUUCAAGGAACCAGGGGGCUCGUUCUGAGAAAAGCUUCCAAGCACUCAGAUAAUAGUUAGGUGCCAAUGCACAUAAAUUUUUGUUGCCAUUCAGUACAGGGAGACUCGAGAGGAUAUCAUCCUUCAACAAAUUGCUUCGCGUAAUUUAUCUUUUACUUUCUUGGGAACAAACAAAUGUCAGUUUCAAGGUUUCUCUUCAGUAACGGCACCCUCUUGCACUCCCCUGAUGCUCCUCCGGCCAAAGUCCUCCUUGAAGCUCAUCCAGUUUACUUGUAACCCAGGUGCUUACACAACCUCACGUACUCACGACUCUGGUUCCUACUUAUUAUUCUGGAAAAGACACAUGAAAAGGCUUUCACAAUCCAUACACACUUUAUCAAACUUGGCUCCACAACUGCUAUUUGAAUCUGACAAAUCUACUAGUUUGUCAUCAUCAGUUAACUUACCGAUAUGGCAACCCACAGUACAGAUGCUUGUUAAUGAUUCAAUCAGCAAGGUCUUGCCAAUUGCAUUGAAAGAGAGAAAGGAUUGUGAAGAACUGGCUAUCACAACUCUUGUUUGUGGUAAUUUGGACGCGCUGAAUGCACGGGAGACUAUGGAAUAUGAAGAAAGAUUAAGCAAGAUUCUUGAGGUGCAUGUACACGUUGAGACUUAUAUUCCUCCUUCAUUUGGUGUAAAGGAAAAUGGUGUAAAUUUGGCUUUGGUGGGCCAUGGGAGGAAUCUCGCAUCUGCAAAGUAUUCAGAUUGGGUAAGGUUGAGGCAGAGUCUGGAAAAGCUCAGGCCACCUUUAGUGACAGAACUGUUGCUGUCAAAUGAUGGUGAUAGAGUACUUGAAGGUUGUCUAACAAACUUUUUUGUUGUUUGCCGCAAGGAUACAGAUGCAGGUAAUGACAGUCACAUAAAUGGACACUCUUUUGAAGUACAGACAGCUCCUAUCAGCGAUGGCGUCCUGCCAGGAAUUAUACGUCAAGUAGUUAUUGAAGCAUGUAGGAGCAAAGGAAUCCCAUUUCGUGAAGUUGCACCAUCAUGGUCAGAAUGUGAAAUGUGGGAGGAAGCAUUCAUCACAAAUAGCUUGAGGGUUUUGCAGCAUGUGAAUAGCGUUCAGGUUCCAACGGUUUGGCAAUCAGUCCAUUCUAAAACGUGGAAGGAUAUAUCAUGGAAAAAGAAGAACUUUCAGGUUGGACCUGGGAAGAUCACUACUAUAAUUCAGGAACUGAUCAUGGAGAAGGUAGUACAAGAAGGGUAUGCAAGCGGUAACUUUUACAAGGACUGAAAAUUAAACAAAAAAUAAUUACAGUUUUAGAGAAACCAAUCUACCUUGCCUAUACUGUUCCUGCUGUUAUGUUUCACAAAACACCAUCUUUUGUUGUGUGAGACUGAGACACGAGUGGCCAGAGUAAGUGGGAAGCUGGUGCAUAGGGAAUUUUAUGCAGGGGUGUAAUCAAACUGCUGGUGGUCUCUAAUGGUAUUAAGAAUGCAAGAUGAGCUGUUCAAAAGAAUAAUGUUAGUUAUUAUUAGGUACUGGUAGUUAGAGUCCUUUUGAUUUGGUUUGUGUAGUUUGUUUUGGAAGUGGUUGAUAAAUGAUUACAAGUCAGAUGGUUUUUCCUUUCUAUAA